AUGUCAUCACUGAUAAAAGAAGACAUGGAGAAGAAGUUAUUCAAGCCAAGAGGACAUACUUUGUACGAGUUCAUAGAGACUAAAUCCAAAACCAAGGAAAGGUAUUAUCUAUGUACAUCAGUGGCGAAACAACAGGAAGUGCACAUAACCUUGGUAAAGCACUACAGAGUAUGUCUAGAUGAAAAGUACGAAGUGGCAGAGAUAUGGCUUCUUAAGGAUAUGGAGUUCAUUGAUGGGAAAGAAGCUGAAACAGACAACUCACAUUUUGAUAUGAUGUUCGAGGAGGUUUGCAAUGUGGAAGCUUACAGCUGCGCUUCGAAAUACGCCUUUGCUCGAAGUGUAAUCAAACUAAAUACACUCUACACCAAAAGGGACAUUAAAGUGCUUAACUUUGACUCUGCCUAUAUAGAAGAUGGUGUGAUCUGGGCUUCAAACAAUGGAGACUGCUUGGUGUUAAUGAGGAUUUGCUUCUAUGCUUCCAACCUCCUCUGCCUCUCCUUGUGCCCUAUGCCUUAACACAAGUUCCAUCAGAGGAUGGCAUCCCAUCAGUCAUGAUUCAGGAUAUCUUGUAAGAUUUUCUGUUAAACAGAAUCAUUUUUGCAUAGCUGCUAAAGGCACCUCAUCAGCAAAUGUAAUCAUAUUCUUUAUAUUAAAACAAAUUAAUAACUUGUUUUUAUUUUAACAGGACUGAUAUGAUGUGAUAAACAAUGUAAUUUUGUUAUGUAAUUUCCUGGUUCUUUUAAAUAUUUUCACACCAGUAGCACUGUGUGCUAAAUUUAAUUAGAAUACAUUGUGUUUCCAUUUUAAAAGCCUAGGGAUUGUGGGACUGUUGGUUCCUAUGUAAAGGCAUAACAUAUUUUACAUACAAAAAAGUAAACUGUUGAGAAAUAAUUUGAAAAA